AUGACCGAGUUGUUCCCGAGUCUUGACGAGGUCGAGCAGAUCAUAGGUUACGAUUUUAAAGAUAAAAGUUUGUUGCGACGAGCCUUUACUCAUAGCUCGUACAGAGACAAGAGCUAUGAGCGACUCGAGUAUCUGGGCGAUUCAGUGCUGAAUCUUUUGAUAGCCAGUAGAGACUAUUUUGGAAAUCCGGAUCUGCCACCAGGGAGGCUGACCCGGCUCCGAGCCGCCAAUGUUGAUACCGAGAAACUUGCACGUGUGGCUGUCAAGCAUGAUUUGUAUAAGUAUCUGCGGCACAAGAAACCCCUACUUGAUGGACAAAUCCUGCGCUAUGACUGGGGUGGCGCCGCACUAGCUACACUUUACGGCUACAUGAGCUCAGCAUCCCGUGGCAGUGGACAGUUGCUCGGGGGUUAUUGGCGCACUUGGGAGUUAUGGGUCUACGCCUACUUUCCGAGACUCGCCCCCGUGCCAGAUACGGAGACCCCUCUCGUCGUUCCAUUUUCGCGCCAUUUCGACGGGAGUUUAUUUGAUAAUCUUUUACUCAUGGAUCCUCCAAGUGCUGAAUCAUCUUCUAUUGACCCCUCUACCCAACCUAUUGCUCGCCCUCCUAGACCACCCUUGGCCAAAAGUAGUAGUGGUGGGAGAACACAAUCAAAGACUUGGGAUCAUUUUAAAAAGAUUAAGGGUAUUGAUGGGAAAAAUAGGUCUAUGUGUAAGUAUUGUAAGAAAGAAUAUAUGGCUGGCUCUAAGAGUCAUGGAACAAGUAAUUUAUUGACUCAUUUGAAAAUUUGUACAAAGUACCCAUAUAGGGAUACUCAAGGGCAGCAAACAUUAGGAUUUAAACCAAGACAAGUUAAUGGGGAGGGUGGUGUUGAUGUUGUGGCUACAUCAUUUUCUGUAGAAGUUGGUAGGAGGUAUCUUGUCGAGAUGAUAGUAAUUGAUGAAUUGCCUUUUAAAUUGGUGGAUGGGGUUGGUUUUAAAAAGUUUUGUAAUGUCAUGCAACCCAAGUUCAAGAUUUCAUCUCGACAUACCGUAGCUAGGGACAUUCUAGACAUAUACACUAAGGAAAAAGAGAGGUUAAAGAAACUUGUGAAAGGGCGUAGGAUUUGCUUUACCACAGACACAUGGACUUCCAUACAAAAUUUGUGUUACAUGUGUCUAACAGCACAUUUCAUUGGUGAUGAUUGGAAGUUACAAAAGAGGAUCAUUAAUUUUUGUCAAGUUGAAGACCACAAAGGAGAAACUCUUGGGAAAAAAAUUGAGGCACUCUUAAAAGAGUGGGACAUUGAUAGGCUUUUUACCUUAACUGUUGACAAUGCGAGUUCUAAUAAUCUAACCAUUAGAUUCUUGAAACGAACUACAAAACUGUGGAAGGGAACUAUUUUGGGUCAUGAGUUUUUACAUAUGCGUUGUUGUGCGCAUAUUCUGAAUCUCAUUGUUAGUGAUGGAUUGAAGGAUCUUGAGUCUUGUAUAGCGAAUGUGAGGCAUGCAGUGAGCUAUGUGAGGUCUUCUCCAAACCGUCUUGACACUUUUAAAAAGUAUGUGGAAAGUUUGAAAAUUGAGAGUAAGAGUCUCUUGUGCUUAGAUGUGUCAACACGGUGGAAUUCCACAUAUCUUAUGUUGGAGGCGGCGGAAAAAUUUGAGAGUGCAUUUCAAAGAAUGGGUGAGGGGGACUACAAUUAUAAACAUUAUUUUUUGGAUAAUGAAGGGGGUGAGAGGAGAGAGAUGCCUACAGCCAAGGAUUGGGAUAAUUGCAGGGUGUUUUUGAAAUUUCUUAAAAUGUUCUACAAUGCAACAAAGAGAUUUUCUAGGUCUUUAUUUGUUACUUCAAAUACAUUCUACACGGAAAUUUUUGUCAUUGAAAACAUGAUUGGACAAUUAAUCAAAGACAACGAUCCUAUUUUGUCUUCAAUGGCAAAGAAAAUGAAAGAGAAGUUUGACAAGUAUUGGGGAAAUGGGGAUAAAAUCAAUCUCCUUUUGUAUGUUGUGAUUGUGCUUGAUCCUAGAAGGAAAAUGACAUACUUGCAAUUUUGUUUUUCAACAAUUUUUGGUGGGGAUGUGGUGAAAGUCAAAGAAAUGUUAGACAAGGUGAAACAUUGUUUGACUCAAUUGUAUGAUCAUUAUGCCACACUUGAUUCAACAAAUGUCUAUGUCUCCAAUGUAAAUGAAACAAUAGAUAUGGUGAUAGACGAAAAUGAUCCAUAUUCUAUUGUGAACUCUCAAUUUAACUCAUUCUUGGAGGGGCAAUUUUGUAGUAGUGGGAGCAUAUCGGAAUUGGACAAGUAUUUGGGUGAUAUUGAGAAAUGUGGGAAAAAUGCUCAAUUUGAUAUCUUGGAGUGGUGGAAGGUUAAUGCAACAAAGUAUAGAGUAUUAUCACUUAUAGCAAGAGAUGUGUUGGCAAUGUCUAUCUCCAUUGUUGCUUCUGAGUCGGCUUUUAGUACAGGAGGUCGCAUACUUGAUCCAUUCCGUAGUUUACUUGCUCCCAAGAUGGUGGAGGUUCUUGUUUGUACACAAAAUUGGCUUCGAAGAAACAUUCCAAUAUGCCUUCGACAAGCAAUGGAUAAUGUUGAAGAAUUUGAACAACAAUAUGAUUCGGUUGUUUCGGAAUCAAGUUCAUGUUCAAGUCCAAGUCUUGAGAGUAGUUAUAUUGAAGUUUAA